AUGUCUGGCAGAUUGAAGGACAAAGUGUGCGUGGUGACCGGAGGAGGCCACGGCUUCGGCGAGGCCAUGGCCAAGCGGUUCGCCGAGGAGGGGGCCAAGGUCGUGAUUGCAGACAUCAAUCGUACCACAGGGGCGAAGGUCGAGGGCGAGAUCAACGCCUCCGGCGGUGCCAAAACGGCGUUCUUCCAGGAAACAAACGUCACCAGCCGAGCUUCGUGGGAGAAGCUGCUCGAAGCGUCAUUGAAGGAAUUCGGCAGGGUGGACGUCGUGGUGAACAACGCCGGCACCACCUAUCCCAAGAAGGCCUCGCACACGGUCACGGAGGAAGAGUACGACAAGGUCAUCGGCGUCAACAUGAAGUCCAUCUUCCUGAGUGUCACGGUGGUCAUGCCGUAUUUCAUGGACCGAAAGGCCGGAACGAUUCUGAACAUAAGCUCGGUCGGAGGCAUCCGAGUCAAGAACGGACUGGUAUGGUACGGCGGCACCAAGGCAUUUGUCAACAAGAUCACCGAAGGUCUCGCGUCCGAAUAUGGCCACGCAGGAAUUCGCGUGAACGCAAUCUGUCCCAUCCUCGCUUACACCGACUUGGCACAAGCAUUCAUGGGCGUCGACGACACCCCGGAGAACAGACACAAGUUCGAGGCAUCGUUUCCUCGAGGCGAGGCUCUCAAACAGAAUAGCUCGUUGGGAUACGUGGCCAACGCCGCCGUUUACCUGUGUUCCGAUGAAGCAGCAUUUGUCAGUGGCAUAUGCAUGCCUGUGGACGGUGCUGCAACGGUGUAUGCUGCCGGCGUUGGGAAAUGA